AUGGUCGCCACCCGAUCCGCCGACAAGCCUAAGCAGGCCAAGCUGGAGGAUUUUGGAGGCGUUGCUGGAGCAGUAGCAGCAGCAGGAGGACGAGGGGCCUCCACUAGCACCACAGCCACCACCAAGAAACAGCAACCGGUUUCGCAGGAAAAGACGUCGUCAUCGAAGCGCAAAUCCUCCGACACAGCAAAUACCACCACCACCACCGCCGCCGGGAAUGGACCUCAGCAACGGCGCGGCACGAAGCGCAGAGCGGGAGGGAGAGGAGCGUCUGCCAAGGAGGCUAGUAGUACCACCGAUGCGGACGACUCUGCCUCGCCGCUGGAUCCCCACAGGCCGUCAGCAGCCAACCCUGAAGCCAUCAAGGGCAACGGGCCCGUCUCGCCGGCGCUGAAGCGGCAGAGAGGGGAUGACGGUGGUGCCGCCGGUGCUGGUGGUGAUAAGGCGGGAAAGCAGGGUGGGUCCGCUCAACAAGGGUCGAAGCAGCAGCAGCAGCAGCAGCAUUUCUCCGCCGAUGCUUCGAGUCUGGAGAAACCGAUCGUGAUUAAUCGGUCGCCGGUGCUGCAGCUGUGGGGCGCGUGUGUGGCGGGGUUCCUGCAUCCGGAAUUGGGGUGGGAGGUUUGUUUGAAUAUCGGAGGCGCAAUUGCCGCUCUCUGCGCCGUCUCAAAGGGUCGGGCUAUCGGCAUGAUUGAGCCCAAGGACGAGGAUCCGGACAAGAAGGCGAAGAAGGAGGAUACCAAGCAGAAGGCUUUGAAGGACGCAGAAGUCUAUACGGUGAUGUCGUUCCCGCUGCCAGUCCGCAAUGCUGCGGUGCUUCUCUCGGGAACGCCCAAAACCGUAAAGGAGUCGACGAUUGUCGCCAAGUUCGGUGGGCAAGAUGCGUACGACCGCGUCAAGGACGUGAUGCAGUCGGCUUUGAAGUCCUGGGAGUCAGACAGAGAGGAGCUGGACCGGAAGGCGUUCGGGAUGUAUGAGCGGUUCCGGCCGAGCGUGCCGCCUAGGGAGAAGGGCUGGGGGAGGAAAGGCGAGCUGAAUCCUGCGGAGGUCGAAAGCGCCAUUGCGAAGUCGUAG